UCUAACGUUGUUUAGAAGUCAAUUUCUCCCGGAAUAUUCCUAGAGAGGCCCUUUUAGUUCUUUAAAAUGGCUCUUUUGAAUCGAAAACUGAAAGAAAAGGAUGUAGACAACCUCCCUUUAAUCGAGGAAUCUGAGAAAGUUGUAGUCGAUCUCGAUGAGGACGAUGAAAACAGCGAAGAUACUUUUGUACAUCAUGGAAUCACGCUGUGGGUUUCCGAUGCUCUUAUCAUGAUUGUGCAGCAUAUACAGAUUUUUGCGUUGAUAUUAGCCAUGGGAGAACGCUGGGGCUAUCCUAAAACGUUUGUGCAACAUGCCUCAUAUGUUUUUCUCUUUAAUUUAGACGUUUGGGAAUUUGUGAAAGUCUCAUCUGGAGCAUAUACUGGUACUUUAAACCUAGACACGUUUUUACCUUCAGGAAGCAUCGGCAUAGACUAUAGUUAUUAUUUGAUAGGAUGGACCAUUGGAGUCGCUGUGAUUGGAUGUACAUUUUUGAUAACUUAUGCAGUGUUUCUUCAUCGAAAACCACUCUAUCUGCUGCUUCAUGUUGCGAGGAUGAAGCGUGUUUUCAGCGUUUUUAUCCAGCUCGCCUGCUUACCUGUUGGUACUGCAUAUGCCCGUGUUUUCCAUUGUCGAAGCGAUGGAGUAUGGAAUGUUGAAAAUAGUGUAAAGUGCUACAGUUCGGACAGCAUAGAGCAUUUGGUGUUUGUUGCUAUUGCAAGUCUGGUCGUAAUUCUUGUGUUCCUGGCCUACCCAAUAAACAUGAUAAGGAAAAUUCGUGGUCAAGUGAUCUGUUACAGUGAAGAAAAACAUGAGGGUUACUUGCAACUCAAAGAAGCCGAAUACAAUCAAGGACUUGACAUUUUAUGGGGAGUCGGACAGUUCCACCUCUUCUCAUCAUUCCGCCGGCUUUGGAUCUUUUAUAAACCCAUCAUGUUCAUUUUAAAAUUUAGCCUUGUGUGUUUUUAUGCAAUGUUCCUGUUUUUUACUGAGAGCAACAGGCUUACUUUUGGGCAACGUCUCCUCAUCAACCUUCCUAUUUUUAUGUUCUUUUUCCUUAUUCUUUUUGGGUUGUUUUCUUCUGGCUUGGCCCGCCCUCCUAUCAAAGCCUUUAGGGCUUUCACAGGCUGGUGUUGCUGGAAAGGCAUUUCACGAUUGUUACAUGUCCUUUUCAACAUCACUCCAACUUGGGUGAUUGCCAAGCUCUUUCUGGUUCUAUUGGUAGGCGGUUUGUUCACCAUUGAUCGGCUAGGUGGCGGCAUAGGAGCAACACUAUCUAUGCUAAGCCUGAUAAUGGUCCGAAGUCUUCCUUUCCGUGUUUCGGCAUUCAACUUCAUGAUUUUGUUCUCCUUACUUGUCAAUGCAGGUAAUGCAUACAUCGGUGUCAUGGUGGAGAUGUACAACACUGAUGAACUUGUGAAUGCCUUCUUUGUGCCACCCAUUCCAGAGUUGAUAUUGACAUGGGUGAACAUAGCUUGGCUGUGUGUUGCAGUUCUGUGGCUUGUGUAUCUCUUGCUGCGGUACUUGCAUAUUAUACUUCCAAAGCAGCCUCUCUGGCCAAUGCUAAGUACAGAUGGAAAAAGCAACAUCAGCGAAGAUACAAAGAAGUACAUGCGUGCUGUUCUGAGGGGCCGUCAUACAUUGGAGAAAGCACUUUCAAGCCCACCCAUGUUUGCACCUGUUCAUGAGUUGGAGAGGCAGAUUCACAUCAUCAAUGCAUACUGCCGAGAAGCAGAGUUCUUGGAUGAUCCAACCUUUGAUUCCCUCUGGGAUCUUCUUGACGAAUUGAUUGAAGCUCACAGAAACUUAGCACCUCACUCUCUGUUUGCUCUGUCAGUGAAGAAGACCGUCCGUGAGAUAGCAAAGGAAUUGAUGGUCUUGAUGCCGCAGAUGAGAAAAAGGCUCGAUCAACGUGAAUAUGAUUUCAUCUUGAUGGACCCCAUGAAGAAACGCAUGCUUUUGAAAAUGUAUGUGCUUGGAAUAUUUGUGAAUGGACGUAUGGACAAAGUCAAACAUGAUGUUGAACAGAAAGUUUACAUGGCACUAAAAGAGGCUGAGAAGACCAAAACUCCUUCAAGUCUAUAUGGUAGCUCCACAGCAUAUGACUGGGAUAGUAUGAUUGACUUGGCGGGUCCUUAUUCAACUUUUGAUGCAAUGAGAACUGUUUCAAGUUCAGGUAGUCGACCUGGCACCUCCUUCUCAGUGGCUUCUAAAGCAGAUAGUGUAGAUAAGCUGUUGGAUGAGGUGGAAGACUGGGAGGAAGGACAAGAGAUGGCUAAAAGAAGGAAGAAAAUUUCAGUUGGGUCAAUGCCAUUGAUUGAGGAGCAUCCUUCUUCUCCUUCAGGCUCCACGGGUUCAUCAGCUUCUAUACCUGGUCAAGUUAACUUUGAUAAUGACCGACCACGACCUAGAAGUGCUGGACGCUCAUCGUUGCAGAGUCAAAGAAUAACAGAUGGUUCAACUACAUCAACAGCAUUAAUUGGAGACAGUUCUGCUGCAGAACAGGCCAGUAGCUCUCAAUCACAGUCAUCAUUAAGAAGUGGAGAUCGUGUUCCAUUAUUAUAGUAGGGAAAGUGUUUUUUGACUCAUUAGUAUUUUAAUAUAAUAGGCUACAUUCAUGCAUUUACCAUAACCAGUUGUAAAUAGGAUCAUCUUAGCUAUGGCCAACAUUUAAUAACAAAAGUUUAAUUCAGUAGUUGGUAUUGUACAUUUUUGAACAUCAAUAACCACCUUUGUUAUUCUAUGAAAUAAUAAGGCUUAUUUCUAUCAUCAUCAUUCAUC